AUGCGCCGUCGAGUUCACGCCACGCAGUUUCUUUCACUGGCGGUGUUCCUACUGCUGUUAAUGUACGGCGCCGGUGGGUGCCUCGCCGCCGCGCACCGCCGUGCCUUCGACGAGGAGUUGUGGGGGAGCGGCCGGCCACCGACCGCGAUGGUGCGUGAGCUGCCGCGCAAGGGGCAGGGCGCGACGCAGGCGUACACCGUCGCCACAUCAGGGGAGGAAAACAGUGGCUGGGCGCCCCUCCGCAUCGCGGUGUCCACGGAGGAUUUGAAGGACCCCCGUAAGCACUGCACCAAAGAAGGGGAAAUGAAACCGGACUUCAGGGGACACUAUUCACCGUGCACGAAGGAUGAUGUUUUGACCUCGGAUGUGAGAAAAACCCUGGUGGAUGAGAUUCUUCCUGUGGCUGUCGGACUGCACGCGGAGCGUUUGCUCGUUCAGCGCAUGAAGACUCCGUUGGUUGUGCCCCGGCUCAUAACGGAGCAUGGGCGCUGCAAAUACUUCAAGAUCCCCGAGGAGCAUCACACAGUGGGAUUGAAGGACACGGACAUGGUGCUCUAUGUGGCUUCCAGGUCGAAUUACGGGACGUGGGCUAUCCCGUGUGCGUUCGCAGAGGACGGUCGUCCAAUUGCCGGUGCCCUGCAUAUUAUGCCUUCUUAUACGCUUGGCGUCAUGCACUUUGCUCGCACCACUGCGCAUGCGAUUGCCCAUGCUCUUGGCUUCAGCAUGGAACAGAUGAAGAAGCACGACAUGCUGUUGAACGUGACUGAUGUGCGCGGCGGCAGCUCUCCCGUGACGGUGGUGAAGUCACCUGUUACGCUGAGCAAGGCGAAGCUGCACUACGGCUGCGACACCCUCAAGGGCAUGGAGAUGGUCUAUUAUUUUGACGCAAGCCUGUGGUCGCUGCGCAAUGCGAAGGACGAGUUGAUGAGUCCGUUUGGUACAAUGUACGCUGGCUACUACACUGCACUGACGAUGGCGGCGUUUGAGGACCUCGGCUACUACAGGGCCGUGUGGGGGAUGGAGGAGCCGAUGGUGUGGGGCAACAACUCCGGCUGCGAGUUCCUGGAUAACCCGUGCUCGGAGGAGACUCCCACCACUUACCCCGACAUGUUCUGCGAUAAAAAUGAUGCGUUGUCGAUUCGCUGCACGUCCAACCGUCAAGCCAUCGGGACAUGUAAUCUCGAUGUUGAGUACACCGUCCAUGAUAUAAAGGAGACGUGCAAUGCUAUUUUCCCGCCUGGUAAUUCUGAACACCAUUUUUUUUGCACAGUGGAAGGGCCCGACACCCCACCAGGGUCCCUCCAUGGAAAGGGCUCGUGGUGCCUCGAUGCAGAACCACUCCCGCUCCUGAGUGACGAUGCCUCCAAUUGGAAAUUAACCGCACCCGCAGUGUGUGCGAUGGUGCAGUGCGAGGAGGGCAAGGUGAAGGUGAAAUAUCUUGGCGGGAGUGAUUUUGAGCCGUGCCCCGAAGGGGAGUUUAUCACGCCCAAAUCAGAUCAUUUCAAGGGCGGCAGAAGGAUCAAGUGCCCGAGGUACGAGGAGGUGUGCACCAUCGCCGCCGAUGGCAGCAGCCUCAUCAACCUAAAGAAAGGCGACCACGGCAAAGGUGACCACGGCCAUGACGACUACGAAAAUGACGACAACGAAAAUGACGACUACGGCAAAGGCGACCACGAUGGCUGUGCGGCUGCUGUUGUUCUUUCCAGUCUGCUCCUUGCCGUGAUUGCUGCGGUGGUGGUGGCGACGUUGCCGCUUUGA